GGCGCGGCAUGUUGCGUAGCGUUAUAGUCUAGUCCGGCUGCGGGGUGCCGGUUUGGCAGUUUAAAGCGUCCCUGAACAGUAGUUGUCCGCCCGCCAGCCUCAGGAAGGAGAGGAAGUCACGGAGUCGGCCGAAGCCGCGCAAGAAUCUGCUCAUCAUCCGGCCUGUGUUGCUGCCGUGUGAGGAGGAGCCAUGGAGGGGAAACCGUUGCAGCAGCAGCAGCCUCCUCACACGCCGCCUCCGGCACCUCGCUCCGGCUCUCCCAGACUGAAGGCAGGAGGAGGAGGAGCCACCGUUGUGGCAGCAUCUGGGGGCGCUGAAGAAGCGCCUCGUUUGCCGGCGAGUGACGGGGAUGCUCCCGCCAGCGGCGGCUCCUUAUCAUCGGAGCCUGGCCCCGGGCUUGUCCCUGCCUCAGCAGCUGGCGAUGGACUGGGCAGACCGCUGGGUCCCACGCCAAGCCAGAGCCGUUUUCAGGUGGACUUAGUGGCAGAAAACUCUGGCCGAGCGGCCGCAGAUGAAGAGGCGAGCACGAUCGAAUCGCCCUCUAAACCCACCGGGGAUGGGUCCGGGAAAGGCAGCGAAGAAGCCAAAGGCCGAUUCCGGGUCAACUUCGUGGACCCCUCCGCCGGGGAUGAGAGCUCGGGUGAGCUUGGCGGUGGCGAGGUGUUCAAUGUCAGCUUCCAAAACGGCGGUGACACGGUGCUGAGCGAGGGGAGCCUCCAUUCCGGGGGAGGCGGCUCUGGAGGGCACCAGCACUACUACUACGACACCCACACCAACACCUACUACCUGCGCACCUUCGGCCACAACACCAUUGACGCAGUGCCAAGGAUAGACUAUUACCGGCACACUGCUGCUGGUCUGGGGGAGAAGCUUAUCCGGCCCAGCCUGGCUGAGUUACACGAUGAGCUGGACAAGGAACCUUUUGAAGAUGGAUAUGCAAAUGGAGAAGAAGGAACUCCUACUGGCGAAGCUACUGCGGCUUAUGUUGCUGAUAGUAAAGGUGUUGUCAAAUUUGGCUGGAUCAAAGGUGUAUUGGUACGAUGUAUGCUGAAUAUAUGGGGUGUGAUGCUCUUUAUUAGACUGUCUUGGAUUGUAGGACAGGCUGGAAUAGGAUUGUCAGUGUUAGUCAUUGCAAUGGCCACUGUUGUAACCACUAUCACAGGCUUGUCUACAUCAGCAAUUGCUACCAAUGGUUUUGUAAGAGGAGGAGGAGCAUAUUAUCUGAUUUCCAGAAGCUUGGGUCCAGAGUUUGGUGGUGCAAUUGGCUUGAUAUUUGCAUUUGCUAAUGCAGUUGCUGUAGCCAUGUAUGUAGUUGGCUUUGCAGAAACUGUUGUAGAACUACUUAAGGAACAUGGUGCAGUUAUGUUGGAUGGAACAAAUGAUAUCAGAAUUAUAGGAGCCAUAACAAUUGUCAUUUUGUUGGGCAUCUCUCUAGCAGGAAUGGAAUGGGAAGCUAAGGCACAGAUUGUUCUGCUGGUGAUCCUGUUACUAGCUAUUGCUGACUUUAUCAUAGGAACAUUUAUUCCAUUUGAGAGCAAGAAGCCCAGAGGCUUCUUUGGCUACAAAGCUGAAAUAUUUUCAGAGAAUUUUGGACCUGAUUUCCGAGAUGGGGAGACUUUUUUUUCAGUAUUUGCUAUAUUUUUUCCAGCUGCAACAGGCAUUCUAGCUGGUGCCAAUAUCUCAGGUGAUCUUGCGGAUCCCCAAUCAGCCAUACCUAAAGGGACACUGUUGGCCAUCUUAAUAACCACUGUGGUUUACAUAGGAAUUGCUGUAUCUGUAGGUGCUUGUGUUGUGCGAGACGGAACUGGGAACAUCAAUGAUACAAUUAUCCAUGAGCUAACAAAUUGCACCACUGCAGCUUGCAAGUUGAAGUUUGACUUUUCCUCCUGUGAAAAGACAGUAUGCCCUUAUGGACUAAUGAACAACUUCCAGGUAAUGAGUAUGGUAUCAGCAUUUGCACCUUUGAUUUCAGCUGGUAUAUUUUCUGCCACCCUUUCUUCUGCAUUAGCAUCUCUUGUCAGCGCACCUAAAAUUUUUCAGGCUCUGUGCAAAGACAAUAUUUACCCAGGUUUCUUGAUGUUUGCUAAGGGCUACGGGAAGAAUAACGAACCUUUACGAGGGUAUCUUUUGACCUUCUUGAUUGCACUUGGAUUCAUAUUAAUUGCUGAAUUGAAUCUCAUUGCUCCAAUUAUCUCCAACUUCUUCUUGGCUUCUUAUGCCUUAAUUAACUUCUCAGUGUUUCAUGCUUCACUUGCAAAAUCCCCAGGUUGGCGUCCUGCUUUUAAGUACUACAACAUGUGGGUGUCCCUGGUUGGCGCAGUACUUUGCUGUAUAGUGAUGUUUGUCAUUAACUGGUGGGCAGCACUUCUCACAUAUGUCAUCGUUCUAGGACUCUACAUUUAUGUAACUUACAAAAAGCCAGAUGUAAAUUGGGGAUCUUCUACUCAAGCCUUGACUUAUCUAAAUGCACUACAGCAUGCUGUUCGCCUUUCAGGUGUAGAAGACCAUGUGAAAAACUUCAGGCCACAGUGUCUCAUCAUGAGUGGUCCUCCAAACUCGCGUCCUGCAUUGCUUCACCUGGUACACGCCUUCACCAAAAAUGUAGGGUUAAUGAUCUGUGGUCACAUACAUAUGGGUCCUCGCAGGCAAGCUAUGAAAGAAUUGUCUAAUGACUUAUCCAGAUUCCAGCGGUGGCUUAUUAAAAACAAAAUGAAAGCCUUCUAUGCCCCAGUACAUGCAGAAGAUUUGAGGGAUGGUGCACAAUACUUAAUGCAGGCUGCAGGUUUGGGGCGAAUGAGACCAAACACUCUUGUUAUUGGAUUUAAGAAAGAUUGGCAGUCAGCUGACAUGAGGGAUGUUGAUACCUACAUCAACUUACUACAUGAUGCCUUUGACGUUCAGUAUGGAGUGGUUGUUAUCCGGCUGAGAGAAGGUCUGGAUAUUUCUCAUCUUCAGGGGCAAGAAGAAUUACAGUCAUCACAAGAGAAAUCUCCUGUAACCAAAGAUAUUAUAGUAAAUGUGGACUACAGCAAGAAGACAGAGACAGUCACUUCUAAGCCUGUGAGUGAAAAAGCUCCUAUUCAGAAAGAAGAUGAAGAUGAUGUCAAGAAUCCAACACAACCACUUUUGAAAAAAGAUCCUAAAGGCCCAUCUGCUCCUCUGAACUUGGCUGAUCAAAGACUGCUUGAUGCAAGUUCUCAGUUUCAGAAGAAACAAGGCAAAAAUAAUAUUGAUGUCUGGUGGCUUUUUGAUGAUGGAGGAUUGACAUUGUUGAUUCCAUAUCUUCUGACAACCAAGAAAAAGUGGAAAGACUGUAAGAUCAGGGUGUUCAUCGGUGGGAAAAUAAACAGAAUAGAUCAUGACAGAAGAGCGAUGGCGACAUUGCUUAGUAAAUUUCGAAUAGACUUCUCAGAUAUCAUGGUCCUUGGGGAUAUUAAUACAAAGCCAAAGAAGGAAAACAUUGCAGCUUUUGAUGAAAUGAUUGAGCCAUUCAGACUUCAUGAAGAAGAUAAAGAGCAAGAUGUUGCGGAUAAAAUGAAAGAUGAAGAACCUUGGAGAAUCACAGAUAAUGAAAUUGAGCUGUACAAGACCAAGAGUCACCGCCAGAUUCGACUAAAUGAAUUACUGAAGGAGCAUUCAAGCACAGCUAAUCUAAUUGUUAUGAGUUUGCCAGUGGCACGAAAAAGUGCAGUAUCAAGUGCACUGUACAUGGCUUGGAUAGAAGCUCUUUCAAAGGAUCUGCCACCAAUUCUCCUUGUUCGUGGAAAUCAUCAGAGUGUACUUACUUUCUAUUCCUAAGCACCUCUGCACAAAGUACAGCUGCAAAGAAGUGGUACUUCAGUGCCUAAAGGAGAGAGAGACUGGGAUGUUUGAUUAAAAUAUUAACAUCACAAGCAGGCAAAAAGUGACUACUCUUUCACUGUUCCACUGACUUGAACAAAGCACACAAGGAAAGUCACUGUACUCCUAAAGUUGUGAAAGCUUCAGUUGUCUAAUUCUUCUGUAAUUUAACCUUGCUUAAGGGGGAAGAUUCUUUGUCAGACUGAAGAAUGAAUAAACAGGUUUUUCUUUGCUACUUGAAUGGCAGCAAUAAAAGUGUUUAUUUUUGAUCAGUGAAAGGAUUAUAGAUUUAUAAAAGCCUUUUAGCCUUGAGGUGCCUUCUGAAAUUAACCAAAUUUCAUCCAUAUACCCUAUUUUGUAAAUUUAUAAAUAAUGUCAAAGUCUGCCAUUAGAUCUAUCUUUAGUUUCUAGGUUCUUCCAUGUUACAAUAAGAAAUGCUGUUUUAGUCUUCCAUGUUAGUUUUUACUUCUGUAAGUUCCCUGUUGUUUAGAAUGGUGACUGUUGUCCCACCCCCCCACAGGUAUCUGAAACAAAGUGAAGAGUGUGGCAGGUUGACUGUAAUAAAAACCGGAUUCAUACUGUUAAUGUCCAGAACUUUGUACUGCUCAGUUUGUACCACUGAAUAAAGCUAAAACACACUAAAUGAGAGAGGACCCAGUUCUCAAAUUUCAUACUAUUUCUUAUUGAUUGAUUUGGUGCAGAUUAGCAGGCCAGUCUUCAUUCUGCGGUUCAGCUGUGAAAUUGUAGUUCUUUACAGAAUGAUGUCAACAUGAGGUGUGAUAUGGGAUACUUCCGUAGAUAGUAUGUAGAAUCUUUCUAAGGCCAUCUAAAUAAAGCUAUCAGUUAAUUCAUCUAGUUAAAUGAACCACAUUUUAUUCAAGUCGUUCCAAGGUCAAUUCAUUCCAUUGUCAUAAUAUAUGUUCAAUCUUGUUAAAUACUCAGGUUUGAUCCUCUUAACCUUACAAUUUAAGUUGUACAUGAUAUCUUGUGAAUUCCAAGAACUGCCAAUUUGUGUGCCCUCCUAGUGCGCAUGUGUAUGCAUGUGUGGACUGCUUUCUGAUUUUUAAAUCUUGAAAUGACUUACUGAAAAAUGAAUUGAGGCUUUUAUUCGAUGGUUAGCACUGAGUGCUUAUGAAUAUACUUUGCAAAAACAACUUAAAAACCUUGCAGCCUUCUUGCAUUAAUAUGGGGUACUGUACAACAUCUAUCAUUCCACUCAUUGUUUGUCACUGAAAGCAGAGAUACAAUAUAUAUUUUAUGCAGGACAAGAUCAAAUUAAAUGGUCAUUUUUUUGGAAGGGCAAAGCUAACAGUUACUAAGGUGAUUAUUUCAGUAAGUGAUGUGCAUUCUAGAAAGUUACAGUUCUCAUUGUCUUUCCUAAUGUUGAUUGUGUUCUCAUUUGUUUCAGAAGUGCAAUACAAAUUGGCUGCUAGGGUAGAGUAAAUCAAUGCUAGUAUCUAGGUCUUAAAGGAAUUGGAAGUUGUAAUAAGAGCAGUUUGCUACCUGAAAAACAUUCCCUUUGUGUAAUUAACAACAUUGAUGCUGGUUUGCAGUACUUAUUGGUGUGAUAGUAAGGGAUACAAUAUUCAGCAAAUCUGAAUUUCUGUUUCAGUUUUUUUAUGUACAAGUGGACAACAGAGCAUGAACUUCAUGCUGCUAUUGAAUGAUGUGCACUUAUUCAAAGUUUUACCCAUACAGAAAAACCAUUGCUUGUGAUCUGUAAAAGGAACCAAAUGAAAAGUGUUUAUGUGUGUGCCCUGUGUCUAAAGUGAUAUCAAAUACAUAUAAAGGUUGCUCCUCAUAUGAGAAUUUGUACACACACAGCAUCUCACUAACAACUCAGCAAUUGUAAAAUUUACUCUAACCCUCCUGCAACUUGUUAGCAAGAGGCAAGUUUGGGACAUAGCCAUUUCAAUUUCUAUUUAGUAUAAACUGAAGUUUUCUUUUUUUGGUACCAUGUUUUCUUAAGUUUCAAUCAGUAAUGACUUGAAAUAAUUGUUUUCCAUUGACACUCAGCAAUACCAUUUCUAUAGGUGAAAUUUUAUGUUAUGGAAUUAGAAACUGUUUGGAAAGUAGCUAAAUAAAUCAAUUAUUUAUUUGUUUUAUGUUUGUAUUAGGCUUUACUUUUUACAUAAAUCUUUUUAUAUGCUUUUCUGUUAUUUAAACAUGAUCUAUGGUCUUAAUUUAAAGAUUGAGUUUUGAUUGGUACUAUCCACAGUUUGAAAAUGUCAUAUUUUGAUAAUACUGUACUGUAACUGUCACACACAAUGGCUUUUCUAAUGUUUUAACAACAUUGAAUAUUGCAGUAACUACUCUGUAUUGAGGAAGGAUCACUGCAAUAAAAGGGAGUGAAUUAAAGAAGUUGCCUAAA